ACGUUACUGUUUUCACCAAAUUACCAUAUCACCCCAAUGUUUCAAACCAAGCUGCCAAUAACAAGCGUCCAACAAGGGUAAUAAAGGUAUUUGAAAUUAAAUAAAACAAUUGAAAAUAAUAUCCUUUUUGUUAGCAUUUUUCUUCAAGCGUCCUCUCUCUUCUCAAUCAUUUGAGAGACGUUGACUUCCUCCAAAACGACGUCGCUGAAGCCCAAUCGGAGCGUUCGCCGUGAACAAGCUACGAUUCUGUCUUGAUCGGAGCUGUGAAAUCCGCUGUUCACAAAAUAAUGGAGCGACAAACGUGCCUAAUUUUGGUGAUUUUUACAUGUUUAAUUGCAUCUUUUUGCGGAAGAGAAUUGCAGGUCAAACACAACCAUAAAGUCGCUGUCUACAAUCAUACUCUUGCGACCAUUUUAGUGGAAUAUGCUUCCGCGGUGUACGUUUCGGAUUUGACGGAACUUUUUACAUGGACGUGUGAACGGUGUAAUGGUUUGACGAAGGGUUUUGAAGUUAUUGAGCUAGUUGUGGAUAUUGAGAACUGUUUACAGGCGUUUGUUGGAGUGGCAAAGGAUCUUAACGCCGUUGUUAUUUCCUUUCGGGGAACACAGGAAAGCAGCAUACAGAAUUGGAUUGAAGACUUGUACUGGAAGCAGCUUGAUUUACAUUACCCUGGCAUGCCUGAUGCUAUGGUGCACUAUGGAUUUUAUUCUGCUUACCAUAACACAACCAUACGCCAUGGGAUUCUGCAUGCUGUUAAAGAAGCAAGAGAGUUUUACGGGGACCUUAACAUCAUGGUGACGGGUCAUUCAAUGGGAGGGGCUAUGGCUUCCUUUUGCGCACUUGAUCUAACGGUUAAUCAUGAAGCCAAGAAUGUUCAAGUUAUGACAUUCGGACAACCUCGUAUAGGAAAUGCUGCCUUUGCUUCUUAUUAUGCCAAGCUUGUGCCGAAUACUAUUAGAGUGACAAAUGACCAUGAUAUCGUGCCUCAUCUACCGCCAUACUAUACUUAUUUCCCUCAAAAGACUUACCAUCACUUCCCUAGAGAGGUGUGGCUGUAUAAUCUUGGAUUGGGAAGUAUGGUUUAUAGAGUUGAGAAGGUCUGUGAUGGUUCCGGUGAAGAUCCAACCUGUAGUAGGUCAGUAAGAGGUAACAGCGUCAUUGACCAUUUGAGUUACUAUGGAGUCGAUUUGAAAUGCCAAGAAUGGAGAUCAUGCAGAAUCGUGAUGGAUCCUCGGGUUUCAGAAUACGGAAAAACAGAUCUCAAAGGAAAUUUCAUUUUGUCCAGAGCUCCAGCCACAAGUGUUCUGAAAACGAACACUCUGUCAAAUGGGGAGGAAGUUAAAGCUAGUGCAUAAUUUAUCUAGUUUAUAGUUUCUCCUGGACAAUGACUGGCCUGGUACCCGCGGUUCAUCAGACUACGCUUCAGGUAAUUACUACUUUAUCAUUCUUCCAUUCAAGCCAUGUAAAAAGCCAUUGAAAAUGAACAUAAUGUAGGCUUUAAUUUAGGAAUAAAUUUAUGUAAAUAUCUACCAAAAGUGUCUAUAAUGUCUAUAUUAGGCCGAUGGCCAGUUCCUGUGAUCAAGCCUUUAUCCUGCAAUAAAGUAACCCGGUUAAGCUUUGAGUU